CCGCCGCCUUCUGCUUUCAGAUUGUCUUUGCAAAAUCGUGCAGAUUGGGUAAACUCUAGGAGGAUAUAUCCUAUGCACUGCAUCGAAAGCAUUGCAUGACCUGUGCAAUCCCUUCCAACGUCCCCGGCCAGUCUGCUUCUGUCUUCACUGACUUGGAACAGCUGUCCAAUCCUUUCAGAAUUGCUGGCACUAGUGGAGCCUGAGGGCAGUGUAUUCAUGAGGAUGCCAAACUUCCUCUCCAAGAAAGCGGUCCAUGAGAAUUGCCGAUGAGGGUUGCUGCCUCGGUGCAGGAUGAGCUGACGGUGCGAUUUUGCAGCUUAGCAGCACCAAGAGAUGUGAAAGAAGUCACACAGAGGAUUCACAAAGGAGGCCUUUCAAGCAAUUGGACAAAGAGAAGAUCCUUGUUUGUGAUCACCCCAAAAAGUCACGUUGACGCGAUAAGAGGGCGUCCACUCCAAGAUGACUCAUUGCCGUCAGCACAACUUCUAGAAAAUACAACCAAGUCUGGGUUUUUUCAAGCUGCGGUCGAGAUAUUGGACAGGGGCCAGGAACUUGUAGAUUCUGGCAAAUUCGAACCAGCAACAGAACUUGAAAUCAGAAAAACUGAGGGCAUAUUAAAUAGCUCUGACACCCAAGUAGACGCCCAAACAGUAGCUCAGCAACCAGACCAGUCCCCCAAAGAGGGGCUUAUUGAUAGUAGCAACAAACUUUCAUCCUCAGACUCUGUACAAAAGGAGGGGCAAACGCUAGGGGCCAAGCUGUCAGACGCGAUGUCCCGGGGGCCCCCAAUGCAGUUUUGGGACGACUGGGUGGACCCGUCUGACAUGGCGGCCAUGUGGUCGCGCCCAGCUGUGGCGCUGGAGUGGCGGGGGAAGGGGUUUCAGAGGGGGUCGAAGGUGCUGUUUACCCGGGAUGAGAGGAGCAAGCCGUACCUGACGAUGGCCGAGAUGCAGGGGGUGGCGGAGAUCAUCAUCGACAGGCACUUCAGGGGGAGGGUCAAUCUGGUAAUGCUGUGCGCGAUCGCUGAGAUCGAGAGCGACCGCCGGCCGCUCGCGUACCGGUUCGAGCCGGCCCUCGGGGAAGCCAGCACGGGGCUCAUGCAAGUGCUACAGUCUACUGCGGAGUGGCUCGCCCGGGACAUGGGCUACCGGGCGUACUCCGUCAACUGGGCCAGCGAGCAGCUGUACCGCCCUUUUGCCGCUGUCUACUUCGGGGGAGCCUAUUUGAACUGGCUGUCGACUUACAAGGGCGUGCCGCGCUCGGAAGAGUUCAUUGUGCGCGGCUACAAUGGUGGCCCGAACGGGGUAAAUCUGGAGAAGACGGUGCGCUACUGGAGCAAGUACCUAGUCGCGAAAGCGAAGGUGGCUUCUGUGCUGAGAAUCGAAGCUCCCCAACUCAUCGUGCAAACCCCGGCGCCCCUCUACGCCCCUCCCCCUAGCGCCCCGGGCCCUGUCCAGGCCCCGUCUCAGCCGGGCUACUCCAUCCCUCCAGCAGUCCAAGCACCGCCUCCCACUCAACAGGGCCCCGGAGUGGUCCAAGUCGCUGUGGCAGCAACGGUCGGAGCCGCCGUUGCCACGUCGAUUAUCGCCGGACCCGCCGUCGGGAUGUGGGCGGCGACCGGGGCGAUCGCGGGCGCGCUUGGGGGGGCGAUUGCGAACGGGUGGCCACCCCCCCGGAGGGAAGAAGUUCGUCGGGAGACGGUCGAAGUGCGAGCCGACUUUGUGGAAGUUGGUUUGCCUGGGCCGAUGACGGUGAUAGUGGAGGAAGAGACGGGGCCCGUGAUCGAUACAGCGACAGUAGAGGUGGUUCCGGAGGCCUUGUCGACGGAGUGGGUGUACUGGGACGACGUCGUAACGGAGUCGGAAUUGGCCGCGAUGUGGGCCCGGGAGGAUAUUAGAACCGAGUGGACGGCUGCGGGGGAGAAGCCUGGACGACGGGUCCGGUUCUCAAGAGACGCGCAGAAACGUCCGUUCCUGACGGCGCGUGAGGUGACGGCCGUUGCGGAGAUCACGGUCCAGCGACACUUCCGGGGUGAAAUCGACCCGUCGGUUCUGGCGGCUCUUGCGGAGGUAAGCAGCAAGCGGCUGUUGUACGGGCGGCAGGGCACCGGGUUAAUGGAAACCGAGCUGGAAACCGUGCUGUGGUUGGCGAGCUGCAACCCCCGGUAUGCGGUGUACCCGGGGGCUUCGUUAGCGGAUCUAAGCAGGCCUUUUGUGUCUGUGUUUUACGGGGCAGCCUACGUGCACUGGCUGUCCAAGUUUGAGGGCAAGUCUCGGAGUGAGGAGUUUGUGGUCCGCGGAUAUUGCGGGGGCCCUAACGGGAGCAGCUCAGCGGAGACGCUCCCGUUCUGGCAGAGCUAUCGGAAAGUGAAAGGAGAAAGCACCAAACAAUCGUGGUGGAGAUGAGCGUCGUUAGAAGGGCAGUCUGUUGUUCAGAGGAGUCAUUGACUUAGUUGUACAGCGAUGAGAAACUUCUUCUUUCG